UUAUCACUCUCAAAAUUCCCACUCUCAAACCCCACCAAAAAGAGAAAAAAAGAACCCCAACAAAACCCAUAAAUUUUCUUGAACUUUUAGCUUCAUAUCAAUGGCAAAACCACCAUUUCAAGUGGUGUUUUUGUUCAUAUAUUUUUCAUUUUGCACCCAAAUAGUUAAAGUAAAAGCAACAUGGUGUGUAACAAGAAGUGAUGCAAGUGAAACAGCUUUACAAAAUGCAUUAGAUUAUGCUUGUAGUUCUGGUGCAGAUUGUGUUACUCUUUUGGAAAAUGGGCUUUGUUUUCUUCCUAAUACAAUACAAGCUCAUGCUUCUUAUGCUUUUAAUAGUUAUUAUCAGCGCAGAAAUAGAGCUCCUGGUUCUUGUGAAUUUGCUGGCACUGCAACCAUUGCCAAAACUGAUCCAAGUUAUGGAUCUUGUGUUUAUCCAGCAUCUCCAAGGUAAUGCUGCUCGGUGGGCCGGGCCUGAACCGGACCGGACCGGGCC